AUGACGCCGAUGACGCCGUUUGGUAAUGCCGCCGCCGACGACAACGACGACGACGGCGGCGGCGGCGGCGGCCGAUUAUUACAACUCUCCUACGUCACCGUCUUGGACGGCGGCACGUUUGGCACCGUUUACCGCGCGGUGUUGUCGGCCGCCAGUGGCGGUGGGACGGCGCGUACAGUGGCCGUCAAGCGCAUUCGGUCGCCGGGUGGCGGCCGUCACGAACUGGACGUGCACAGACGGCUACAGCACCCGAACGUCGUCAGACUGCUGUUCCACUUUUAUUCCGGUUACGACGGCGUCGGCAGUCGGCUUAAUUUGGUAAUGGAAUUGGCGCCGACCAACUUGGACCGCGCGAUCCGGCGGUUGGCAGCAGCCGGUCGGACUGCGAGCACCGGCCACGGCAAGCUGUACGCGUAUCAGAUGUUCAGGGGCCUGGGGUACGUGCACUGGACGGCGGGCCUGUGCCACCGGGACGUGAAACCUAGCAACCUGUUGUUGUACCCGUCCACGGGCGUGCUCAAGCUGUGCGAUUUCGGUAGCGCCAAGGACCUGUCGGACGGCCGGCCGAACUCUCGGUACGCCUGUUCCCGUCGAUACCGGGCGCCCGAGUUGCUAUUCGACCAACCGCUCGACGCGCCCGACUACACCACCGCGGUGGACGUGUGGAGCGCGGGUUGUGUAUACGCCGAACUAAUGGCGGGCGUUUCUCUGUUCCCUGGCACAAGCGUCCGGCAUCAGCGAGCUUUGGUCACGCGACCACCGGAAUUCCCGAGUUGGGCACCGGUCGACGCGGUUCAGCUGGUAGCGGCCACGCUCCGGUUCGACCCGGCCGCCAGGCCGACGGCACUCGAAGCGUGCGACCACGAGUGUUUCGACGCGAUCAGACAAUCGGGCGGCCAUCGCCUGCCGCCUCUGUUCGACGAAGACUACGACCACUACGAUCGCGAUGGCUACGACGACGAUGACGGAUACGCGCGAGUCUGA